AUGGAAGAGACAAACUCGAGAUUCAAUAGGAUUUGUGUUUUCUGUGGUAGCAGUUCAGGCAAGAAAGCUAGCUACCAAGAAGCUGCUGUUGAACUCGGCAAGGAGCUGGUGGAGAGAAGGAUUAAUUUGGUGUAUGGUGGUGGAAGCGUGGGAUUGAUGGGUCUUGUUUCUCAGGCAGUUCAUGAUGGCGGGCGCCAUGUCCUAGGAGUUAUUCCAAGGACCCUAAUGCCCAGAGAGAUAACUGGUGAGACUGUUGGAGAAGUGAGAACUGUAUCAGGUAUGCACCAAAGGAAAGCAGAGAUGGCUCGUCAAGCCGAUGCUUUCAUUGCUCUCCCGGGCGGUUAUGGCACCCUAGAAGAAUUGCUUGAAGUCAUUACCUGGGCUCAGCUUGGAAUCCACCGCAAACCUGUGGGGCUUUUGAAUGUGGACGGCUACUACAAUUCCUUGUUGAGUUUCAUCGAUAAGGCCGUCGAUGAAGGCUUUAUUUCUCCUACUGCACGUCAUAUCAUCGUGUCUGCUCCAACCGCCAAGCAAUUGGUUAGACAACUAGAGGAAUAUAUUCCAGAGUAUGAUGAAUUAACGUCCAAGUUGGUGUGGGAAGAGGUGGACAGGAUAAAUUACGUGUCUGAGUCGGGGGUCGCCACGUGAAAGGGGUGCAGGAAUCAUGCAUGUCCCCCUUUUUGUGUUAUGAAGUGCAGUGUAUACAUCAUCAGGAGUGGAACUUUGGGUCUUUUUGUAGCCGAGCCGGAGAAGGCUGUACACUUCCUCCCAAAAGUUUCUAAUAUAUAUUAAUGUCUGAACGAAAACAGAAGAAAAGAGUAGGAUUAAGAAAAUUAUUUUUAUCGUCCAUGGCUUUCCCCUUCUGUAAAAGUUUUACAGUAAAACUAUGAAGGAAUCAAUUCAAGUUUCUUCUUUCUACAUGUUUCAUACUCCAUUUGAAUUUUAUGUAACAAUGGCUUGCACAGUUUAUACAAAUUUGUCAAAAAGAA